CAGUUUACUUCCUCAGAACUGGGGGUAUAUAUGGAAGGAUCUCUCUGACCCCGAUUCAAAGAAGCAAAGCCUUCCUCUCUAUUCAACAGAAGCUGUACGUACCAAAACUGGAAAACAUGCUGCUGUGUGGAAAUGUACUUCUGCUGCUGCUGGCCCCUGCACUGGCCGCCUCCUCUGAGGAGCUGUCUAUGGACGCACAGUGGCAGAACUGGAAGGUCAUGCACCGGAAGGAAUACAAUGGCCUGGACGAGGAGCCGAUCCGAAGGGCUGUCUGGGAGAAGAACCUACAGCUGAUCAAUACCCACAACAAGGAAUAUGAGCUGGGCAUGCACUCCUACGAACUGGGCAUGAACCACUUCGGCGACAUGACCCCUGAAGAAGUGACGGAGAAGAUGACAGGCCUGCUGGUCCCACCUGGCAGGAAUCGCAACAGCACAUUUAUCCCUGACGCUGACCUGAGAAAGCUGCCCAAAGCCGUCGAUUACCGCAAGCUUGGUUAUGUCACCUCAGUGAAGGACCAGGGCUCUUGCGGCUCUUGCUGGGCCUUCAGCACAGCUGGAGCCCUUGAGGGUCAGCUUAUGAAGACCACAGGGCAGCUCGUCUCUCUCAGCCCCCAAAACCUGGUGGAUUGUGUGACUGAAAACAGCGGCUGUGGGGGAGGCUACAUGACCAACGCAUUUGAGUACGUCGAGGAAAACCAAGGCAUCGAGUCUGAAGAAGCGUAUCCUUAUGUGGGACAGCAGGGACAGUGUGCCUACACGCCGGCCGGCCGGGCAGCCAGCUGCCGCGGCUACCGGGAGAUCGAGGAAGGAAACGAACUGGCGUUGCAAGCUGCUGUGGCCAAGGUGGGGCCUGUGUCUAUCGGCAUAGAUGCCACCCAAUACAGCUUCCUGUUCUACAAGAGAGGCGUGUACUACGACCGCAACUGCAACAAGGAUGACAUCAACCACGCAGUGCUGCUUGUGGGCUACGGGGUCAACAAGAAGGGCAAAAAGUAUUGGAUCGUGAAGAACAGUUGGAGCGAAAGGUGGGGAAACAAUGGCUACAUCUUAAUGGCACGGAACCGCAACAACUCCUGCGGUAUCGCCAACCUAGCUAGCUUUCCCAUCGUGUAGUGGGGAAAUUAUAUUAUUCCAACACCCUGAAGCCUUACGCCUGAAACUGAUGCCAUUGUAAAAUGCAGUUACAGUUCUGUAAGCCUUCACAUAAGGUUCUUGUGCAUAUCAACGGCAUAUCAGCACUUUUGGGUGGAUUAUUGUUUCUGUGGUUUUCUUACAGUACAUCUGUACUUUGUUACAAUCUGUUUUUAAGCUUAUUAUUACCAUAAUGUACUGAGUGUGUAGUUUUAACAUUGCUGCAGCUAAAUAAAACUAAAAUUAACAAAUGUUACUUGAAAAGAGUAAUUUUCCUGUGGCCAUUAAUACAUAUGUGUAGUAAAACAUUUUAAUUGUGGAACAGUAAGAACAGAAUUUGUCUGAAACUACUUUUGUAAAUUGGUUGCAAAUGCAAUGUUACUAACACUGAAUAAAUUAAAAAUAAACACAUCACACUGA